AGUUUAGCAAAUUAAUAACCUGUCUUAAAAUUACAGCGUGUGCACACACUCGCUCAGAAGACUGUGUAUGUGUCUUCGUAUGAAGGCCCUAGUUUAAUCUCUCGUACACAGAUUCUGGUGUAUUUGGUUUUUUUGUUUGUUUGUUUGUUUGUUUUUGUAGUAGUGAGCUACAUUCCAGACACUUUUUAAAUUAAAUUUUCGAUCAUACUCAGUUGUCCAGGCUAGCUCAAACUUAGAUCCUUCUGCUUCAGUUUCCCAGAAUGCAAGGACUACAGGUGUUUACCAUCACUCCCACUUGGUGUGUUCUUCCAAACUGCCUUUCUACUGGCUUUGACCCUGGAGAGUGCCAGCCAAACUCAAAAUCAGGAAAAGAGGGUGUGGGUUUUUGGGCUGUGCUGCUCAGCAGCUAGAAUGUAGUUGGCAGUCUCCUCCCCUUCCGCACUUAAGCUUGCAGUGUACACUCUGGAAUGACAGGCAUUCCUGUGUGAAGAGAGCCAGCGUGAAGACAUACUUGUAAGAACCACAAGUGCGCAGGCUGGGAUACAGGAAAACAAAAACUCCAGCAAAUUAACUGACCUCCUGCCGUUUCCUGACACUUGGGAGUUACAGUGACAGAGGAUUUCAGGUCUCCUCCUUUUGUGGAUUUAUCUUUUAACAGAAGUUUGUUUUGUUCCGGGACAGUUUGUUGUCGUGAGAUACAUUAGACAGUAUAAUCAUGGGGCAAGCUGAUGUCUCCAGACCGGUAAAUCCAGAUACACUUGACUUCUCCAGAGAGCCCUUGGGACAGUAGAAGAAGCAGGCCACCCCGCUUCAGACCCAGGCAUGGUCAUGGACAGCGUGGAAGCAGGCGACACAACACCUCCCACCAAGAGAAAGAGCAAGUUCUCAGGCUUUGGCAAAAUCUUUAAACCCUGGAAAUGGAGGAAAAAAAAAAGUAGUGAUAAAUUUAAAGAGACAUCAGAAGUUUUAGAGCGAAAAAUAUCUAUGCGAAAACCAAGAGAAGAGCUGGUUAAAAGAGGAGUUUUGUUAGAAGAUCCUGAGCAGGUCCAAACUCUACUCCUGAUUGAGUCCACCUACAGAAUGACACUGCAUGGCCUCCUGGCAAGAAGUGGUGGUGAGGACCCAGGAAAGUUAAGUCAUGCUGUAUUAAAGAAUGGCCAUACUACCCCCAUAGGGAAUGCCAGAUCUUCUAGUCCAGUCAUAGUAGAGGAAGAGCCAGAAAGAAUAGCGAGUGUUAGGAAUUCUAUUCCAGAAGAAGACUCAAAGCAGCAAGUAGAUCAUGUCUUUUAUUACCCAGAUUCAACUGGAAGCCAGCCUAAUUCUGAAGCAGAGUCUCUUCCUGAGAAUGUACCCAAACAGCCUCUGUUACCCCCAAAAAGACCUUUGUCCUCUUCUCAUGAAGCAACUGAAGGGCAAACAAAGGAUGUCACAUCUUCUGACAGCACAACUAGGUCUAUGUCCUCCACUUCUGCGUCCUCUACCACCAUAGCACCUGCUGCCACCACUGGUGCCACAAACCAAACAAAGACUGUUAACUCCUUCAUCACUCCUUCCCCAGCACCCAGGACUCUACCUGCUGCUCCUGCUGGCACUAACACUACUGCUACCCCAAACCUUACUUAUAAUGUCCCUGCCAAGCAGCCCCCUGUCCCUCCCCCUAAGCCAGCUCACAGAAAUAGCAACCCUGUUAUUGUUGAACUGUCCCAAGCAAUAAACAAUAGUACAUUAUCAAAACCAUCCCCACCCUUACCACCGAAGAGAGGCAUUCCAACAACCUUGGUACCCACCUCAGAAUCUACUGCCACCUUCACCACAAAAACAAGUGAUCAAAGAGAGAAGGGCACAUGCCCUGGGGGCUCCGAACUACUGCCAACGAUCCCACCUCCUUCCCCAUCCCCACCACUGCCUACUCACAAACCUCCAGAACCUCCACGGUCCCCUCCAUUUCCUGCUAAGACUUUGCAAGCUGUGCCACAAGUUGAGUGUCUGCGUUCCUUAGAUCUGCCCCAGGAGGUUCACCAACAGGAAGAUGAGAAAAAAGAAGUCCCCAAGAGGAUUCUGGACCAGAGCUUUGGGGAGCCCCACAUAUCCUCUAGGCUACCCCCGCUGCCUCUACAUGUUCGAAUUCAGCAGGCCCUAACCAGCCCGCUUCCCGUGACUCCUUCCUUGGAGGGCUCUCACAGAGCUCAUUCAUUGCUCUUUGAGAACAGUGACAACUUCUAUGAGGACAGCAGUACCCUGGGUCGAACCAGGUCACUUCCCAUCACUAUUGAAAUGCUGAAAGUUCCAGAUGAUGAAGAAGAGGAACAAACCUGCCCAGUGACAUUUGUUGAAGAUGUGACAUCUACCUCAGUCGUUCCUCAACUACCACAGUGUCUGCAUGAGGAACAGGAAGAAAAGGAGAGUGACUCAGAUUCAGAGGGUCCGAUUCAGUACCGAGAUGAAGAGGAUGAAGAUGAAAGCCAACAAAGUGCCCUGGCCAACAAAGUAAAGAGGAAAGACACACUGGCAAUGAAGUUGAGCCACAAGCCCAGUGAUCCAGAGCUGAACUUGAAUUCUUGGCCUUGUAAAAGCAAAGAGGAGUGGAAUGAAAUACGGCACCAGAUUGGGAACACAUUGAUCCGCCGGCUGAGUCAAAGACCCACACCGGAAGAACUGGAACAACGCAACAUACUGCAACCUAAAAAUGAAGCUGAUCGGCAGGCAGAAAAACGAGAGAUUAAACGUCGGCUCACUAGAAAGCUUAGUCAAAGGCCGACUGUGGCCGAACUGCUCGCCAGGAAGAUUCUGAGAUUUAAUGAAUAUGUGGAGGUAACAGAUGCUCAAGAUUAUGAUCGGCGAGCUGACAAACCUUGGACCAAACUGACCCCUGCUGACAAGGCUGCCAUAAGAAAAGAAUUAAAUGAAUUUAAAAGCUCAGAGAUGGAGGUUCAUGAAGAUAGUAAACAUUUCACACGCUACCAUCGUCCAUGAUCCUGAAGUUCAGAGAGGAACUAAAUGACUCCCCCAAAAAACAAGGUUGCUUUGCAGCAUGUCUCCAGAGUGACAUACAGCGGGAACUUCAGCACUUCCCAGCACAGCCAGAACUCUGUCCUCUGGGAUCUGGUUCUGGAGUAAACAGCACUUCAAAUGUAGCCUUUCACUGGAAUGGAUUCUCAUCUGCUGCUCAUGGGGCAGAACCAAACACUGUGUCAGUGCUUUUGAACUUUUCAUCACAGCCUACUUGAGGACUUUCCCCUCACAGCCACCAAAGUUCUGGACCACUUCAGAUUCUAAGUUUUUUGGCUGCACCAUACCCCUUCUCCACAGUGACUGCCUGUGCUGAGGCACAGUUUGCACCAUUAGCCUUAUCUGCUCUCCUGUGACUAUGAGACCCACUUGUGUAGGCACUAAAUCCCUCCCCACCAUCCAGUCCAGUUGGUGGCAGGGAAAACCUUGUGGAGACCCCACUUUUUGGUAAAGGGGUGCUCACUUCCAGAGGAAGCCUUCAUACCAUACUGGCCUGUCACUUGAAAGCAUUGCACUAAACCUUGUGUGACGCAGCAGUAUAGUCCUCUUCUGCACUCAAGUCUGAGAGGACGUGCAGGACCUGACAUUUUCCUCCUUUUUUGGCACUUGUCAUCCUGAUGGUUAUUUUAAAGUGAUCUUGAAGAAGUCCUGAGAAUUUAUGCUUUUCCUGGCUAUUAGUCUAAGCUGCAACUAAAAUACAAGUUCAUCAAAUGAGAAACUGUGUAUGUUUUCUAUACACAAAAACAAGGAAAAUGCCUUAAUAUUAAUGCCAACUUGGUAGAAAACUGACCUAUGGCUUAAGUCAUAUAGGCUGUUUUAUUUUACCAAGUGAUACUAUAAGUCACUUCAGUGCAUGUUCUCUCCCUGGUGAGCAGUCUCUGCGAGCACUUGUGUGCCAUGGGCCUCACACUUCCAGCCAGAAUCCUGGCACAGUCCACAGGGGUGUGAGGAGCGGGGCUGCAUGGGCAUUAGGGGAAGGACAAAGGAGAGGUACAGUCACGACUGCCCUCACGGGUCCUGACUGCCCUCCUGAGGCACCUUCCCUCUCCACCGUGGCACUCUCUCUCCCCCUGACUCCAGUGGCUUCCUCCCCACUCAUGUUUCCACUCUGUACCAGUGUGUCUUGGCAUUGGCUCAGCAACCACCCCACUUUGUAUUUGUAACAUACAUUGAUAUAGUUUUCUAAAACAAGUUUGGUCACUUUCCUUGAAUUUUCAUUGAAAACAAACAGCCUUACUGUUUGCCUCUUAAUUCCUGCCCACAUUAUAAGUAGGAGAAAAAAAUAACUUCUUUUUAACUGACGAAUAUAGCUUUUUCUUCUCCUCCUCCUCUUGUUCACUUUAAUGUAUCGAACACAGUGGCCAUUUCGUAAAUGUCUUCUGAAUUAUUCUGUGGUGUCUGUCAUUUGUGUAUAAUCUUUCAGCAGGUUUCUCUUUUUUUGUGUCCACAUCAGACUUGCUAAAGAAUCAGAAUAUACAGUCAAAAAAAAAAAAAAAAAAAGUGACCUUAAAGGCAAAUUUGUGGUUGGGGGAGGCUGAAUUUCUUAAUUACUGUCAAAUGUUUUAUGGCUAUGGAAACAAUAUUGCACCAUGUGUUUGAAGCUUAACACUUGGGAACCUGGGAAAGAUCAAGAAGGACUCUUAAUCUGUUAGAGGUUUGGAUAUAAAGUGGCCACAUUAACUGCUAAUUUGACGUGUCGUUCUAUCUAGAUGGUUUGGAGACUGACUUAUUUCCACAUUCUCUAUGUCUUGAGAUGACAUUGUCAAAUCCCUUUUUCACUUCAAUGUGUUUCCUUCAAUGUGCCAAGCUUGAAACAGAAUUUGAUAUUCUAAACUGCUUGUCUGCCAUCUCUGUGCCAUCACGGAUUCUGGUUAAUCUUUCAUCUCAUUUGUGUUCUUUUGAAACAAGAUAUUGGGGGAUGAAGUUCAUUCACUUGUUUGUUUUGUUUUUAUGUGUAUAGAAGUGGAUUUUAUGUUCCUUUUCUGUUUAACUUGGAAGCUUACAAAUCAUAAUGUAAAGAAGAAAUAAAAGCCUAGUAUACUUCAGGAUGCUUCCGUGGUGUACAGAAUCUCCUUGUAAAAUUCAUUAAUUGUGUUGUAUAUCAGUCUCUCCAUCAGAAUUAAUUAUUAAAGUAUUUUAGAAGUUCAGAAUACUAAACAA